AUGCAUUUAGCUGUUCGUAAGUAUUGUAUUUAUGACUGGCUAUCUAUAGAUACAUGCAACGAGAUAACUCAGAACGAUAUCUAUCUAUCUAUCUAUCUAUCUAUCUAUCUAUCUAUCUAUCUAUAUAUAUAUGUCUAUCUAUCUGUUUUUCUGUCUAUCUAUCGCAGUCUGAUCAUAUAUAUCUAUCUAGCUAUCGUAUUUAGACCAUUAUCUAUCUAUCUAUCUAUCUAUCUAUCUAUCUAUCUAUCUAUCUAUCUAUCAGAUAUAAACACUAUAUGUGUACAUAUAUCAAAUUUCCAACAUCUAUCUAUCUAUCUAUCUAUCUAUCUAUGUGUGAGUAUAAAGAAUGUUCAUUAUAUGCUCAUUAAGCCGCGCGAGUCAGAAAUAAGGUAUAAAUUCCCAACGGAUGAGGGACUUAUACAUCAUAUCCGUCGGAACUCCUUUUAUUAUGACAGCGCCUUGCGGUUUUCUUUUCUUUUUUUCUUUCCGCUUCAUUACACCGACUCUUUCCUCCGACAAUUUCAAUUUAACCUAGUGACUUCAAUUUUUUCCCGUCACCUUCCCUACCACGACAUUUGCCGACCGUCAACGAUCGCAAUUGUUUGUUCUUGGCCCCAAAGACCUACCUGCUGCUCUUUCCUUCCUUUUCUAAUGCAAGUGCUAACAGCAUCAGCGUUUCUUUUAGUCAACCCGUCUGCUUACUUUGCCCUUGAAAGACGACAUUGCUUGACUUUCCCCAGCGUGCUACUGUGA